GGGGCAGCGGGGAGCGGUUAGAGGUGGGAGUUGGCGCUGCGGGCCGGGCGGGGGCCGCGGAAGCUGCGAUGCGGACGGGGCCGCGGCGGUGAGCUGAGCUGCCGCCAGACAUGAACUCGCUGGAGCAGGCGGAAGAUCUCAAGGCUUUUGAGAGGAGACUUACUGAAUAUAUUCAUUGUUUGCAACCUGCUACUGGUCGUUGGAGAAUGCUUCUUAUAGUGGUAUCUGUCUGUACAGCUACUGGUGCCUGGAACUGGUUAAUAGACCCUGAGACACAAAAGGUGUCCUUCUUCACAUCAUUAUGGAAUCACCCAUUUUUCACCAUUAGCUGUAUCACUCUAAUAGGCUUGUUCUUUGCUGGAAUACACAAGAGAGUAGUUGCACCAUCAAUUAUAGCUGCUCGAUGUCGGACGGUAUUAGCAGAAUACAAUAUGUCUUGUGAUGAUACAGGAAAACUAAUUUUGAAACCUAGGCCUCAUGUUCAAUGACAAUCUUCACUCAUUGUUAUGGGACUUAAAAUAGCCUUUCUUCAAAUAAGUGAUACAGCAAAAAGCCAUAAAGGAUUCCUUUUGCGGUUGGAUAUGUAAAGGUCAUAGCAGCAACUGACAAGAAGUGUGCAAUAUUUACCUGGAUUAUCUUGAUGAUGGUGACUCAUUAUCAGUGCUUUGGUACUUUUGAUUACCUGUGUUUCAGUAUUAGUGUCACUUUAGUACUUCAGAUCCUGCAAAGAUUUUUGCAGAUGAAGUAUGUAUGUAUGUUACUAAGUUAAACUUAGAAACAGAACCUCAUUCAGUUUUUAUAAUGUAUUUUUUGCAAACUACUGUAAAUAGCAGAUCAAUGCCAAUGUUAAACAAAGAGGAAAACGUUGUGUGGACUUUGUUCUCCUGCACCGGUAUUUCAGGAACAUCUGCUUGCCAUCCCCACAGCUCUUUAAAAUUGGCUAUUAUGUGUGCCUUUCAUUCUUACACUUCUAAUCAUACUGCAGGAAAAACAUUGGAUUCAGCUUAGACUGAGGAAAACUCUCCAUUAUGUUGUAAGAAAUUAUAGAUGUUUUGAGAAACACUUUUUGUUAAGCCAGAUAUUGAACUCCAACUAUUGUGGUUUUAUUUUUAGUUUAUUGUUUUCUUUUUUUUUUUUUUUUUUUUUUUUUUGGUUUUUUUUUUUUUUGAGACGGAGUCUGGCUCUGUCGCCCAGGCUGGAGUGCAGUGGCUGGAUCUCAGCUCACUGCAAGCUCCGCCUCCCGGGUUCACGCCAUUCUCCUGCCUCAGCCUCCCGAGUAGCUGGGACUACAGGCGCCCACCACCGCGCCUGGCUAGUUUUUUGUAUUUUUUAGUAGAGACGGGGUUUCACCGUGUUAGCCAGGAUGGUAUCGAUCUCCUGACCUUGUGAUCCGCCCGUCUCGGCCUCCCAAAGUGCUGGGAUUACAGGCUUGAGCCACCGCGCCCGGCCUGUUUUCAUUUAAAUGCUAAAUAUCCUUUAUAUUGCUUUAAUAAUUUUUUUUUUUUUUUUUUUCUAAUGGAGUCUCGCUCUGUCGCCAGGCUAGAGUGCAGUGGCACUAUCUUGGCUCUCUGCAACCUCUGCCUCCUGGAUUCAAGCGAUUCUCCUGCUUCAGCCUCCCGAGUAGCUGGGACUACAGGCACAUGCCACCAUGCCCGGCUAAUUUUUUUUUGUAUUUUUAGUAGAGACAGGGUUUCACCAUGUUGGCCAGGAUGGUCUCGAUCUCCUGACCUCGUGAUCCUCCUGCCUCGGCCUCCCAAAAUGCUGGGAUUACAGGCAUGAGCCACCGUGCCUGGCCUCUUUAAUAAUUUUUAAAAUACCCUAAAGGCUUGUGAAUAUACGAGUCUACUGAUAAAUUAUGUAUUGUCUGGGAAUUUGAUAGUCACUGUUUUAGAUAACUGGAUUUUACGCUGUGGUAGACAAGCUGUUACACUAGUGUUGCACAGGUAUAAUUGAUCAUCCUACACCUUCACCAGAAUAACUUGGGAGCGGUGCCACAAACUAGAGUCUACAAUUCUCACUGUUUAGAGAGUGUUAAUGACAUACUGUGUAUGCAUAAUAGCCACAUGUACUAUAAUAGCCCUUAAAAUUAAACUAUUGGGAUUGCUGUAAAUAUUUUAAAGUACUGGAGGUGCCUUUUACCUGUUUAUUAGAUUUUGAAAAGGUUUAAAUUAUUUCAUGAGCAAUCUUUUAAAUUUCAUUUAACAUAAAGCUGAAAAUUCAAUAACAGGAUAAAAAACUUUUUAACAAGGCUGCCAUUUAACUUAAAUGUGUUCAUCUUAGCUUUCACAUGUAUAAAAUUUUAUUCUUUGAACUGCAGCAAUAAAACCCUCUGCUCCUAAGAAGUCUUAAGAGGGUAUUCUAUAUAUUCUGCUUUGUUUUAUUUUCUGUAAAUUUUGUAGGUAAAUAUGUGCAUAAAAAAUAAAUACUUUAUAUAUAACUCGUGA